UGAGGUGAUGCACAGGAGGGAGCCAGGCGUCUGCUGGUCCCGGGGAGAGUGCGUGGAAGAGGCUGACACUAGGGGGAAGCACAUAUCAGGUCCCCCCGCCCACUGGGGAUGCUGCAGGCAGUCCUGCAUGCGCACGCAUGUUACAUAUCUGCCUAUAAUAACAUGCUACGGUCGCCCUGCCCCGCUGUGUACAUGCGCACAUUGACACACCCGUGCUGCCGCAGCAGUAACUCUGUGUGGUAGCCUCUGCCCCCGGCUCGCACCGGGAGCGCAGGGAACCCGCCGCCGCACGUGUGGACAUCACCGUAUCCUCUUACUGCCGCCAUCUUCUCCGGUUCCCCACCCGGGAUGCUCCCUCCUCCCGCCCUCACUGACUGAGACACCCGGGCCGCGCAUUUGAUGUUCCGCCAGGAAGGAGGCAGCGGAGGUGUGCUGCUCACCGAGGGAAGCAUGUCACGCUACUCGGACUGGCUGUACGGAGGGGUGGACCCCAGCCUGGCCGGCAAUGGGGGCCCGGAGUGCGCGUCCUUCCUGCCGGCUGGGCAGCGGCUCAGCGAGAGCGUGGUCCUGCUGCUGGUGUCCCUGCUGGAGAUCGGGCUGUCGCUGCGGAGGAUUGCCAGGGAAAAGCCGGGGGAUGGGGACCUGCCGGCAGCAGCUGCCCGCCCCGAUAGCCUGGGCAAGAACCUGCUGCUGGUGGCGCUCUGCCUGACGUUUGGAGUGGAGGUCGGCUUUAAAUUUGCCACCAAGACUGUCAUAUACCUGCUGAAUCCCUGUCAUGUGGUCACCAUGCUGCAGAUAUUUCUCCUGGCAUGUCCCCCAUGUAAAGUUGCCACAAUAGUAUUCAGGUUGCAGAUGCAUAUGCUAAAUGGGGCCCUUCUUGCUUUGGUGUUUCCAGUGCUGAACACACGAUUGUUACCCUUCGAAGUUGAGGUGUAUUAUAUUCAGCACAUCCUGCUGUACGUAGUUCCCAUCUACUUGCUGCGGAAAGGAGGUGUGUAUACACCAGAGCCACUUUGUAACUUCUGGUGGGCAAUUCUAGCAACUGGACUCAUGUUCUUCUACCACUUCAGUCUUCUGCAGAUCCUGGGCCUGAUGACCGAAGUGAACUUGAACAACAUGUUGUGCCCAGCUGUGUCUGACCCGUUUUACGGGCCGUGGUAUCGUAUAUGGGCUUCAGGACAUCAAACGAUUAUGACCAUGGUUCACGGGAAGCUGAUUGUCGCCCUGUUCGCCUCUGGGCUGCCAGGCUACAGGUUCCUGGUUUACCUGAUUCCCUUUUCAGGAAAGAAAGUUGAUUAAAUGGCCGCUGCAGCAUUGAUCAGGUUUUAACCUCUACACAGCCAAAAUGUGGAUCUAACCUGCAGAGGUUAAAAGGGCUACCAGCACUUUGAUGAUUUAACAGUGUUACAAACUUCAGUUACAUAAACAAGUGACCUUACAGAAUGGACCAGUGUCCAGUAUUGGAUUCAUUUUUAUUAACAUUUUCUCUUCAUUUUGCCGCCCUAUGAGAUAAUAUGCUUUGAUCAGCAGAACAUUGCCCGUGGGCUAUGGUGGCUUUCGCACAGGAACUGGGAAAAUACCUGUGGUGUGUUUUUUUUUUUUUUUUUUUUUUUUUUUUUUUGUUUUUUUUUAAUGUUCUCAGUCUGUUACAAGAGCUGAUACUUUUAUUUAUAGAACUUUAUAUGGCGCUUGCUUAUACAGCACUAAACUGAAACUUAAAUCCACUCCAGCUUCGUUUAAAGCUUGAUCUGAACGAGCAGUGCUUUAAUGGAGCAAUCCCAUUUGUAUGUUUUUUUUAAAAGCCUAAAACUAGGCAUACAUUUAUGGUGAGGCAGGUUUUACCCUUUACAUUUAAACUCAUAGGCUUUGCCUUGUUUUAUACAUGUUUUUACUCCAGAUCAAUAGCCCCUGAUCCUGAUACAUGCACUGGUCCUGCCACAAACACGCAUAGCACUCUUGUAGAACUUUUCUGGAAGGGAGUUGGUCUGAUUUGGUAAGAGCUCCGAAUUGUACAAAGAUUUCUUGAUAACAAUGAAGUAAUAUGGAUUGUCAUUUCAUCAGUAGCACGCACAUUAAUGAUUUUGCUUACCCUGCAAGAGCUAAGCUUGGCAUACACUAUACAAUUAUGUGGCAGAUCAUCUUCCGGACCUGUCUGGUUGGAAUGAAAAUCUGGUAAUGGGAUUGAGCAAAUGACUAUCGACCAUUUGCUCCCUUACAAUGUAAAAAAGACCAAACGUGUUCAUUGCAUGAAUGACCGGUUUUGUCUGUUUUCUAGUGUUUGGUAGCAAAUCGAUUGGCAUUUGCACUCUCCUGUUAAGAUUUUUAUUCCAACCAGCCAGAUCUGGCAGAUGAUGAUCCAGAUAAUUGUAUAGUGUAUGCCCAGCUUUACUUUCAAAAUGACUUCACCAGGAUUCACAAUCAGCCUGUUGGUGCGCUUGCAUUAUGUGCAUGGAAACAAAUGCAUCUUUUUGCCUCAGGCAGAGUGGUACGUAUCUAUGGUCUGCCUGCCCCUGUCUGUACACUUGGUGUGCUAGUCAUCCUCCGAAUUGAUGUAUACCUUCACUGGUCUAUACUUCCUGCAAAUUAUUCAAAGGCAUUUCUAAGCAUAGUCCACAGUUGACACACCUUUGCUGAAUGGAAGAAUGUCCUGUUACAGCCUAGUUUAGUCUCUUCAGUGGAUAGUUGAGAUGAGACUGACUUGCCCAGUACGGAACACACCAGAUACACUCCUCAAUUGGGCAGACGCUUAACUCAUCAGGCGCUAGCUGUGCAAAACCCCUGAUUUAAUCAAAAGAACUUGAGUUUUGCUUAUUGCCUCACUCCAUUGCUAUUCAGUCCUUAAGUUCCAAAUUAUCUAUUACAUCGUACAGGUUUUGCUAGUAAAGUUUUUUUUAUUCUGUUAAUAAUAAUCUUCAGUAUUUGAUAGUUACAUAGAAGUAGUAGUCACCUAGUUAUUUUAAAUAUUGUGAUGAAAAAAAGUUAGACGCAGAAUUGUCAAGUUUUAUAUAGUAUUUUUAUUCAAUCUUCAGUCAGUUAAGUGAUUGUAGUGUACGCUGGUAGUUGGGUGUAAUAUACUAUGUAAUACUUUUUCUCUCCUUCCUAUAAUAUGUAUUCGUUCAUACUCUGUAUGAUGUGUGUUUUACUUUUGCCUCACAAAAUGCAUCUACUGAUGGCUGAUCCAAACUUCCCCAUCCUCCAGCUGCUGGUGUUUAAUCAGGGACACUCUGGGUACUAUGCAGUACCAGUUGCCGGUUCUGUUUGCCAUGGUUCACAUCCUGCCAGCAGAAAACUUGCUAACCCAUCUGGUCAUGGCUGAUAAACUAAUCUGUAGAUUACAUGCUCUAAUCUUUACAUAGUCGUGGCUAUUAUCCACUGAGCUUCAUUAUGUUCUUCAGGGACAAAUGCUGGAAGCCCCUCUUUUUAUAAAACUCUCAGGUCACAGGACAAGUUUGGCCAUGCCAGGUAUAAAGGGCCAUAAAUAAGCUAUAUGCUUUCUCUAUUGAAACUUUUUACCAUGGCCUGUUGCGUCUUUUAGUCACAUUCCAAGCACACAUUAUGUAUUAGUCUUGUUUACCAUGAUGGAUUUUCAUGUCUCUCAAUCUUUAUUUAUAUGUGUAUAUUUUUCUCUGCCUGAUAAACUUAAGCUGGGUACACAUUAGACCACAGGUUCUCAAACUCGGUCCUCAGGACCCCACACGGUGCAUGUUUUGCAGGUCUCCUCACAGAAUCACAAGUGAAAUAAUUAGCUCCACCUGUAGACCUUUUACAAUGUGUCAGUGAGUAAUUAAUACACCUGUGCACCUACUGGGUUACCUGCAAAACAUGCACUGUGUGGGGUCCUGAGGACCGAGUUUGAGAACCUCUGCAUUAGACGAUAUGCUCCAUGAACGAUAUCGUCUAAUGUUUGCCCUUGACUCCUAGACAAACGACAUAGGGGGUAAUUCAGACCUGAUCGCUGGGCUGCGUUUUUUGCUGCCCUGCGAUCAGAUAGUCACCGUCUACAGGGGGAGUGUAAAUUCGACUGUGCAGUCUCUGCUCAGCCCAGGUCUUACUCAGCCGCUGUGAUUGCUUCUUGCUGAUCGGGGCCGGAGCUGACCUCAGACACCCUCCCUUCGAUGCUUUGACACGCUUGCAUUUUUCUGGACACUCCCUGGAAACGGUCAGUUGCCACCCACAAACUGCCUCCUCCUGUCAAUCACCUUGCAAACGCCUGUGCGAUCAGAUUUAUCGCAACAUCCUGUCACUGGCCGGCGAACCCUGUUGCUGCGGUGCGCCGUGCCUGCGCAUUGCGGUGCAAAUGCAUGCGCAAUUAAGAUCUGAUGGCACGCUGUGCUAAAAUGCACAGCAGCGAUCAUGUCUGAAUGACCCCCAUGGUGCAUACAGACUGACAUCACCCCAGUCCAAAUUUAACUGCAUAUACAGACGACAGAGGGGGUCGUUAUUGACCCGCAUUAGCGCUCAUCACUAACGAUAUAGUGCAUACAUACGACAAUAUGUACCAAAAUAUUAACUAUAUCGUUAUUGUGCAUAUUGUUAAAAAUUCUUGUCUGAUGUGUACCCAGCUUUACUGAGAUCAUCUUAUUAAUUUCUUGCUGUGGUUUAGUGGUCUAUUUAUUAAGCCUUGGACGGAGAUAAAGUCCCAGCCAACCAGCUCCUAACAACCAUGUAAGAUAUGGAUUUGUUUAUGCGUAUGAGAAAUUUCCCAAUCACAGGCAGAGUGAACAUAAUAAAGCAUUCAAUAUUAAAGAAAAUGUGUUAAAUA